AUGGUUCCUCCACCGCCCAUACCUCCACCAUUACCACCAAUUCAGGAUCAAAUACCACCAAUACCACCUCGUUCAAGACCUCCAUCGCGUCAAGAACAAACAACGCAAUCUCAUCAACAUCAAUCGAUAAUAACAACACGUGGUCUUUUGAAACUCGAUGAGCUGCCAUCACCAACUCGUGAAUGGCAGUUAUUAGAGUACAUUAGUGAUGGAACAUAUGGAGAAGUUUUUAGAGCUAAGAAUAUAAGAACUGGCCAAUAUGCUGCUGUGAAAAUAAUGAAUCCAACUAAUGAAGUUAUGGAAGAAAUUGAACAAGAAUAUCGUGUUUUAUUAGAGUUAUCUACACAUUCAAAUAUUUGUCGAUUUUAUGGUGCUUAUUACAAAUGUUUGUCACCCAUACAACCGGUAUUAGAUCAAAAUGUUUCGUUCAAUGACAUAUCGCCAUCUAAAACUCAAACUGAUCAGGAUCUGUAUGGCAUCAAUAGUGGUGUUACUAAUCCAAUUCAACUUGACCAAUUAUGGCUAGUUAUGGAAUUAUGUACAGGUGGCAGUGUUACCGAUCUAGCUAAGUCAUUAUUAAAAGCGAAUCAACGUCUUGAUGAAUGUAUUAUUGCUUAUAUUUUACGGGAAACACUCAAAGCCUUACAUCAUUUACACACUCACCAAGUUAUACAUCGAGAUGUUAAAGGACAUAAUAUACUUAUCACACAUGAUGGGCAUAUCAAAUUAAUUGAUUUUGGAGUAUCGGCUUACGUGAAUACAAGCAAUGGAAGACGAAAUACAAGCGUUGGCACACCGUUUUUCAUGGCACCGGAAGUUAUUGCUUGCGAAAGACAAAUGGAAUAUGAUUAUGACAUGAGAGCCGAUGUGUGGAGCAUCGGCAUUACAGCUAUAGAGAUUGCUGAAGGUGAGCCACCACUUGCAGAAUUGCAUCCCAUGCGUGCUCUAUUUACAAUACCUCGUAGUCCUCCACCAACUCUCCGUUAUCCAAAUGAAUGGUCUAUCGAAUACAAUGAUUUUAUUCGACAAUGCUUGAUUAAAGAUUUUGAAACACGACCAACUGUAGUGCAAUUACUUAACCAUACGUUCUUCACAAAAAUACCAUCUGAUGGCACUGAAUUGCGUCGUCACAUUGUCUAUUUGAUACAAAAAUAUAAGCGAUGUUAUGAUUUACAUGUAAAAAAAUCGAGUCGAGAAACAUGUGGUGUUAAAAAUGGUCAUAUAAGGGGAAAAAUGGAUACCUUUACAGCUUCGCAACAACAACAAGCACCAUCAGCAUCUACUUCCAUCUAUCAUGCUCAGCCAGAACAAUUGUCAAAAAAAAUUAUUCAAUCUCCACAACAUCAGAUUAUUGGAAAACCUUAUCAACCGCCCCAUCAAUUAGAAAAGCAACAACAACAGAUAAAACGACCAGCACCUCCACCACCUGACAAUGGGCAAAUUCAUUCGGAUCAUAAUGAAGUUGUACAAAAACCUGCAUAUGUUUACAAAUCAAAAAGAAAAUCACAACUACAAAGAGAUCAACAGCACCAGCAACAAUCCAAAGCAGUGAUCUUACAACACCCAGUGCAACCAAUUGUCAAUGGUAAAUCUAAUGGUAUUUAUAUUCCAUCACAAAAUGGUUUUAUUGAUAUUACUCAUCAAUCGAAACCACCGCAUGAAUCCCAUCCAACAUUUUAUUUACAUGAAAAUAAUUUAAUCGUUAAAGAUACUACUGUUCGUCAUCCUUCACUGAAAAAAGGUAUUAAUCAAAAAAUGACUAAUUUUUAUAAUUCAACCUACGAUUCAAAUUAUCCUGUUAAUUCACCUGCCAUAUUUGUUCAACCACCGUUAUCUUCAUCAUCAUUAUCAACAUCCACCACCGAUGAUCUAGCACAAUUGGAAACAUUUGACGAACAAAGUGUUAUUACUUGCAUGUAUAAUCGGUUUUUAUCAAAUCAAAUUUAUACAUACAUUGGUGAUAUCCUAGUUGCUGUUAAUCCUUUUCGUUCAUUGCCAAUCUAUGGAAAAGAUAUGAUGGUACGUUAUCGGACAAGUGUUAAAUCUGAACAACCACCCCAUAUUUAUGCCUUAGCUGAUUUUACAUAUCAAGCAAUGUUACACAAUCUUGAAAAUCAAUGUAUCGUUAUAUCAGGCGAAAGUGGUUCAGGAAAAACUCAAUCGGCUAAUUUUAUCGUCAAACAAUUAACAUUUCUUGGUGGUGCACCAAAUAAAUCGUUACAAGAAAAAAUUUUACAAAUAAAUCCAUUAAUUGAAGCAUUUGGUAAUGCUAAAACGAUUAUUAAUGAUAAUUCAUCUCGUUUUGGAAAAUAUUUGGAAAUGUUAUUUACAAAAAGUGGACGUGUAACCGGUGCAUGUUUAUCCGAAUAUUUAUUAGAAAAAACACGUGUUGUUAAUCAAGGUAGAGCAGAAAGAAAUUUUCAUAUAUUUUAUUAUUUGUAUUAUGGUUUGGCAUCUUCGUCAUCAACAUCAUCUACGAUGAAUACAGAUUGUGAAAAUACCUAUUUUUUAUCAACAAAUCAAACGUAUCGUUAUUUAAGUACAGGAUUAUUAGAUGAUACGGAUUUUUCAAAUGGAUUUAAAUCAAAAUUUUUAACAAUUGAAAAAUGUUUUGAAAUAAUUGGAUUUAAAUAUGAUGAAGUUCAAUCAAUCUAUCGUGUAUUAGCGGGAUUAUUACAUCUAGGUAAUCUAUGUUUUCAUCAAAACGAAGGACAUUUUAUUGAUGGAAAAACCUGUUUAACCGAUAAACAUUUAUUAAAUAUUGUUAGUCAAUUAUUUGGUCUAGAUGUUAAUGAAUUUGAUUUAGCAUUGACCACAUGUAAUAUUGUUACACGAGGAGAAACAAUUUCUCGCUCAACAACAUUACAAGAAAGUCAAUCGACCAGAGAUGCAAUGGCAAAAGCAUUGUAUAAUCGUCUCUUCUCAUGGAUUGUUAAUAAAAUAUCAGCUCUUUUAGCUCCAUCAUCAUCAUCAUCAUCAACAGCAGCAGCAGCAGCAGCAGCUAAAACAACAAAACCCACACAUCAUGAUGAUUUAUGUUUAUAUAAUGAAAAUUGUAAUAAUAACAACAAUAAUAAUGAUGGUGACGCAGAUGAGCAGAGUAGUGUUAGUGAUGAUGGUGAAUCAAUAUGUUACGUUAAAUAUGAUAAUAAUUGUUCAUUAUUACAAAAAUUUGCUGUGGAACAAAAAAUAGAUGAACCAUCAUUAACAACACGCUAUGCCAUGCGUCAAACUCUUGAUGAACUCAAAUGUGUGACUAAACAACGAUAUCCAUAUGUAGAUACUAUUCAUUAUUUUUCAUCUAUUUCUAAUCAAAAUCUAAAUUGUAAUAAUAAUAAUAAUACACCGACUACAACAACAAAUUAUUCACCUAAGGCAACACCAUCACCACCACAAGUAACAAAGCCCAUAGUUAUACCAAAACAUGAAGAUACUAUUGUUAAAAAUUUAAUUGAAAAUUGGUCAAAAAAUAGUAAUCGUUUAUCAUCAUCUUCAAAUUGGAUUCAAAUUGCUGAAAAAAAACAAUCAUUAAUGAAACCAACAUUUAUAAAUGGAAAUGGUUUUCAUGUUCAUUUUAAUGGUAAUAAUGGUUUAAUUAAAAAUAAUGGAAAAACAACAAGUGAAACAAAUUUGGCUAUGAGAAAAAAAACUGUUGAAAAUAAUACUAAACAAUAUUUAUCUUCAAAUAAUUUAUCAACACCAUUUAUAUACGAUACAAAACCAAUUAUAAAACAAAAUGAAAUGAAAGUUAAAAAAGUUAUUCAAAAUAAUAAUGAUCAUCAUUAUAAAAAACCAUUAAAUGAUGAAGAUAAUGAUGGAUAUAAAAUAGCUAUUUUAGAUAUAUUUGGUUUUGAAAAUUUUUCAACAAAUUCAUUUGAACAAUUAUGUAUUAAUAUAGCCAAUGAACAAAUUCAAUAUUAUUUUAAUCAACACGUAUUUGCAUGGGAAAAACAAGAGUAUAUUAAUGAAAAUUUAAAUAUUAUGCCAAUACCAUUAAAAAUGGAUUUUACAUUUUAUGAUAAUCGACCAUUAUUAGAUAUGUUUUUAAAUAAACCAGUUGGCAUUUUAGCGUUAAUAGAUGAAGAGAGUCGAUUUCCAAAAGCAACCGAUUAUACACUUGUUGAUAAAUUAAAUUCAAAUAUGCAUUCAACUUAUUAUAUUCGUUCAAAAUCAAGUUUUUCAGCUAGUUCUCAACAUUCAACAUCCUCAUCAUCAUCCACUUUACAAUCAAUUCCAUCAUUUUUUAUUAUACAUUUUGCUGGUCAAGUACAAUAUGAUGCUAGAGGAUUUUUAGAAAAAAAUCGCGAUUAUUUAGCACCAGAAAUUAUUCAAGUAUUAAGACAAUCUGAUGUUCAAUUAGUUAGUUCAUUAUUUCAAUUACCAUUGACAAAGACAGGCACUCUAGCUGAGAGUACAACAACAGGUAAUGAAAUGAAUGUUGGUUUACCAACACCAUUUCCAGAAUUAGAAACUGUACAUAGUGGUGAUGUUCAAAUUGUACCUACAACAUCGAUGCCAAUGAGUGCUAGUCAUAAUCGUGUUCAAGCUACGGUCAGUACAUAUUUUCGAUAUUCAUUAAUGGAUUUGUUAUCAAAAAUGGUUAAUGGAGCACCAAGAUUUGUCAGAUGUUUUAAGCCAAAUAAUGAUCGUGUACCAGGUUAUUUUGAUGCUCAAACAGUUUUACAACAAUUAAAAUAUAGUGGAAUAUUAGCUGCAGCAAAAAUACGUCGUUAUGGUUUCUCACAUCGUAUAACAUUUGCAAAUUUUAUCCAACGUUAUUCUAUACUUGUUUAUCCAGCUACACUUGAAUUACCUGUAUGUCGAGAAAGUUGUGAAAAUAUUUUACAUAAAUUAAAAUUACAUAAUUGGGCAAUAGGUAAAACAAAAGUAUUUUUAAAAUAUUAUCAUGCUGAACAAUUAACACGUAUGUAUUCUGAUAUGAUGAAAGCCAUUGUAUCAAUUCAAUCGUAUGUACGUAUGAAACAAGCAAAAAUCGAUUUAAAAAAACGAAAACAAAAACAUCAACACGAAUCACUUGUUAAAGAAUUACGUCAACAAAAAAAAUUCAAUGAACAACAUGAUUUAUUGCAAUCAUCCGAACAUGAGCCAAUCAUUAAUCAACAUGUUUGCGAUUAUGUACCAGUUAAUAAUGAAAAAUCAACAAUUGAUCAGUGGCAUCAACCGCUGGUAGACAAUGAUCGUCUUCAUGCUGCUGCUUUACGUAUACAAUCUUGUUUACGUGGAUAUUUACAACGAAAUAAAUAUCAUCGAAAAGAAAGUAUACAAGCUGCUAUUAUUAUUCAAAAAACAUAUCGUAUGUAUGUUGUACGCAAAGCAUUCAGCGAAUUACUUAUGUACAAACAACGUUUACAAACACAAAUGUCAUGUUUUUUACAACAAAUUGAACUAAUCAAUAAUGAAUUUUAUUCAAAAAUUGUCAAAAGUAAUUUUAAUGCAUUGAUAAAAUCAAAUAACAACAAAUAUAAUAAAAUAUAUGGCAAUAAUUUUUUUCCACCACCACCAUCAUCACCGUUGUUUUCUCAAUCAAUAUUAUUUUGCAGUACAGUAUCCGAUAAAGUUAUUGAUGAUAGUUCAUCUUCUAUUAUGGCAAAAGAACCUCCAUAUAUCAAAUUUCAACAACCAUCACAAAUAAAUAUAUCCAAGAAAACAUUAGAGACAGAUAAUGAAGAGAAACCACAUGUACCCGUUUUAAUGACCGGUAAUUGGCCAUAUGUUUUAAAUCACGCUCCAAGGUGUCCGCCUGUAGUUUCCGGAGUACGUGCAACUGAUAAUUGUGUAUCCUCACCAACAUUGACCAAUCAACGUAUGUUAGAAAAUGAUCCAGUAGUUGGAUAUCAGCCUCGACCAUCGACACCAAUGUCCAAUUUUGCUCAAGCGCGCGAAAAAUUUGCACGAGCAGCAAAUGCCAAUCCAGCUCAUUUUAUUCCUCCAUCACGUAACAUUCCUCUACCAUCGCAACCAGCUGUCGCAACUGUUCAGACACCAUCGAAUCCCGUAUCAUCACCAAAUUUGAAUAAUGUACACAUUCAUGGUGGUGAUAUGCCUCGUAAUGGACAUGCAUCUGUUGCCGUUCUUGCAGCCGUUCAAGAAUAUCAACGUCAACAUAUUCAAGGAAACAAUCUAAAUAAACGAUUUCCUCCACAACAUCAUCAUCAUUUACCGCCACGUUCAAACAAUGCUGGCGGAGUUAAUUUUCUUCGAAAUCAAAUUGUCUCACAGCACCAUCCCCGAUUGCCAUUAGCAAAACCUCUUUCCGUCUCACAUUCUCAUCUCAACCAUUUUCAACAAUCAAAUAUUCGUCAUACACCACUAUAUCAAUCUCAGACUGCAACAACAAUUUAUUCACGUGAAAUAAAUCAUCCCACACAACCACUAAGUAAAACUACUAGUGAUACAUCAACACAUCGUAUUGACACAUUGCCUCGUUUUCCAUUUCGUGUAUUAUUAAGAAAAACUGGACAAGAUUUGACGAGUGGACAAACAUUGAGCAAAAAAAAAGCACUUGAAACUCAACAAGUCGAUUUUCGUGGAGUAUUAAAACCAAGACAACAACUUGAUCAACAACAUAUUUUAUCAAAAUCAAACAGUGGUAAUAAUGAUAUGGAUCAUUAUCAUCAUAAAGAAGAAACGAUUAAACCUUUAUUAAAUAAUUUAUCCGACUUGUAG